UUUUCGUUUCUAUUUGAGAUGUCCAGCCAAACAGAUUCAGACAUUUCGCGUUACAGUUCGUAUGACACUGGAUCUCAGUUUAGAAAUAUAGUAAUUGAAACGUGUUUACCUAAAUUGUGAAAAUGUCCAACAGUUCUAUAUGUGAUAAUACGGUUCACGACUGCAAUGACAUGGACAACGAGUAUUACAUGUUUGCAGGCAACAACAGUUGUCUUGAAGAAUUUAUUGUGCUAAAUAAAUGUGUUGAACGAGAUGAAUUUUUCUAUGAUACACUUGUCGACGCAACCGAACUUGAUUUUUCUGGAAACGCCGGUGCUGUGAUACCGAAAAGUGUAAAUCAAAUCGACCCUAUCCCAGCGCCAGCAGCAUCAGCGAUUCGAUUUCAAAGUUCGAAAGAUCAAUUAGACAAGCUGGAUAUGAUGGCGGAGGAUGAAACUGAGACAGACAAGGACGCAAAAUGGAGUGCACUAACAGCGAAGUUGAAUGAACUUGGCCCUGCACGCUCAACACAAAACUGGAAAAGAAUAUGGGCUGCGCGAAAGUACAAUUUGAAAAGAAGUGCCUCACAAAAGCGUAAACUGGAAACUUCAACAGAAAAUUUGGAAGAACCGAAGAGAGAUCAUCAGAUCGAUUGUGUCGAACGGUCGGGAUUUGUUGACGAUAACGAAAAAUCGAGCAUUUGUGUGUGUGCAAGAACAUCAAAGUUGGAAGAACCGAAAAAAAAUGUACAGAUCAGUAGUCUCGAACGGUCCGGAUUCGUUGAAGACAACGACAAAUUGAGCGGUUGUGUAUGUGCGUGUGCAGGAACAUCGAAUAUAUUUCCUAUAAUUGUGGAAAAACUUGAUGCGCUGAUAAAUUUAAUGAAAACAAGCAAUUCUUUGCUUUCCAAAUUGUUAGACAAAUAACUUCUAAAUUCAUUAAAUGUUGCG